GUGUUAUCUUGCUACCAGCAUCUUCAUUAUUAUGGAAGAGUGAUGUGAUUGAUGAUUUUGGUGGUUUUAUUGCGAUCCAAAAAGGCAUUGGAACAUUUCCCUGAGGCGUGCGAAAAAUGGCAGGGUCCUACUUAUCUCCCCUGCCUGGCGAUCUUCUCACGGAGUACAUGUUCGGACGCAGGAGACAAAGGAGGAACAGGACCACUUUCAGUCCUCAACAACUCCAAGAGCUCGAAACCCUGUUCCAAAAAACACACUACCCUGAUGUUUUCCUGAGGGAGGAAGUCGCUCUAAGGAUCAGUUUAUCAGAAGCUAGAGUACAGGUAUGGUUUCAAAAUCGUAGAGCGAAAUGGAGAAAGCAGGCUAGGCUGCAGUUGUUGCAGGACGCUUGGAGAAUGCGAUGCCUUGGCAUUACCACAUCGCCAUUGCUUCUGAGCGGUAGGGGCAAUGGGCCGCCGCCCCCUCCUAGUGCCCUCGGGCAUCCAGAAAAACCGCUGGAAAACGCCUAUCCCACUUUACUACCACCAGGAUUACCACCCCAUUACCCCUGUUCCCCGAAAGAUGGCAACCACAGCCCUCGCAGCAUGAGGAAUUCUCCAAGCCCCAGGGAUCUCUCUCCCGGCGUUCCCGACGACCUAUCGAUGGCAAAGAACACUCAACAGCCCCAAAUUCCCGAAAAUCCCCCAAUUCUACGACCAGGACCGAUGGAUAGGUUCGAAACCAGCAAAUCGAACGAUAUCGGCAAUUAGAGUAAUAUCGGGGAUUGGCAAUUUGGUACCAUGAAAUCAUCAUCUAUGGAUACAUCGAGAUUUUAGACUCUUGUCUACGCCUAUGUUUUUGAUUUAAGUGGAUGAUACUUCUAGAUAUUGAGGCUGACGUAAAGUCGUUGCUUGAAUAUCGAAA